AAAUUUCCAACCCUUAAUUGCAAGUAAGUGCUUUAGGAAAACCACAGAACUCAAUUUUGGCUUAACUUCUUGACAUAGAAGAGAAUAAUCCCUUGCCUUCUUUUGAUUUCUACCCAUAGCAGGCAGUUGACGCUUAUAUUUGGAGUCAAUGUAGAAGGGAGGAGUUCAUUCUUAUCGGGAAUUGUGCUGUCAUCAGGCACAAGAAGCUUUGAGAAUGUUCCAACCCAAAAUAAGUUUCCUCAAUUUCCUAUUCAGGCUUCCUCAAAGGUUUUUACCGAAACCAACUCAGCAGUUUUCCUUCAAAGACAGACAAUACUCUGGGCUGUCGCAGGCAUUCCAGCCAAAUGUGGAUGAGAUGAGGCGGGUAUUUGAUGAAUUUGAUGCGGACAAAGACGGGAAGAUCUCUAAGAAGGAUUAUUCUGCUUUACUGAGGAAGUUAAGGCAGCAGGAUGUUGAGUGUGAUGAAGUGCAUAGGAUAUUUCAUGUUAUUGACUUGGACCGAGAUGGGUUCAUUGAUUUUGAUGAGUUCAUGGACGCUCACAAGAAGGGAGGAGGGGUUAAAGUGAUUGACAUAAGAAAAGCGUUUUGGUUUUUUGAUUUGGAUGGGGAUGGGAAAAUAAGCCCGGAGGAGGUGUUGGAGGUGCUGAAUAGGCUUGGGGAGAGUUGCAGCCUGGACUUGGAGGAUUGUAAACGGAUGGUUCGAGGGGUGGAUACUGAUGGGGAUGGCUUUGUGGAUAUGGAAGAGUUCAUGAACAUGAUGACACUGUCCAUGAAGCCCAAUUAGAAGUUUCUGCUGUGCAGCUCUACCUUGGCCCAAAAUCUCAUUUGGCAAAUUGGUCCUUAUGUCUCCUAUGUGUAAAACUAUGUUGUUCCUAUUUAUAUUUGAUAUUUUGGCCAAAAGAUAUGUUUAUUAUGUGCCUCUCUCUCUCUC